CCACAAAUUUUAAUAUAUUUCUAUCGUUUCUCUUAAAAAACUCUUAAGUUGAUUGCUGAUGUAUUGACUAUUGAUAAUCAUUGACCGGCCACUAGGUAUUAUGUGUAUAUAUGUAAAUAAUUACUAAAAUACUAAUUAAAAAAUUGUAAUAAAUUAUACAUACAUUGAUUGUGAUAAAACUUAAAAUGACCUUUACAAUGUUAAUGGCCAAAAAUGUUCAAAAAUGUUUCAAAUAUUUAAUGGGCCCACAUACAAUUAGACAAAUGUCAUCAAAACUAGCUGAGGAAGACUUAAAAGUAACUGAUGAGUGUGUAAAACGUCUUGAAGCUAUUUGUGACAAAGAUGAAUUCCUCCGUUUAAGUGUUGAAAGUGGUGGCUGUUCUGGAUAUCAAUACAAGUUUGAAUUAGAUACAGCUAUUGCAAAAGAUGAUUGUGUAUUAGAAAAGCAAGGUAUUAAGAUUGUUGUGGAUACAACUUCCUUAAAUUUUAUCAAAGGAUCGACUAUUGACUACGAACAACAGUUAAUCAGAGCUGCUUUUAGAUUAAUUAAGAAUCCAAAAGCAGAAGAUGGGUGUUCUUGUGGCGCAUCAUUUUCAAUUAAAAUUGACUGAUUAUAAUUUAAUUACUUUUGUAUUUAGUGUA